GAUGUUGACGACUGCAUAAUCCUCAUCUCUAUUCCAGCACCAUUUAAAUUGGGAAAUGGAAGGUGAUCGCGUGGUAAAGAAGCAGAAAAUGUCGGCUCUAGAACAGCUUAAAAAAAUAACUACAAUUGUUGCCGAUACCGGUGACUUUGAAGCCAUCAAUAUCUAUAAGCCUACGGAUGCAACGACUAAUCCAUCGCUUAUUUUAUCUGCGUCAACUAUGGAACGCUAUCAAUACCUAGUUCGCAAUGCAGUUGAUUAUGGAAAAUCUAAAGCAGGCUCUUUGGAGAAUCAAGUAGCGGAAGCCAUGGAUUAUCUGUGCGUCUUGUUUGGAUGCGAAAUUUUGAAAAUUGUGCCUGGAAGAGUUUCCACUGAAAUCGAUGCUCGCAUCUCGUUCGACACUGAGAAAAGUGUGAAAAAGGCAUUGAAGUUAAUUGAGCUGUACAAAUCCUUUGGGAUAGAAAAGGAGCGCAUUUUAAUUAAGCUGGCCUCAACUUGGGAGGGUAUAAAAGCGGCCGAAAUUUUAGAAAAGGAACAUGGUGUGCACUGCAAUCUGACGCUUCUGUUCUCGUUUGCCCAGGCAGUAGCCUGCGCCGAAGCUGGCGUAACGUUGAUCUCCCCAUUUGUUGGACGUAUACUGGAUUGGUAUGUGGCAAAUACGGAUUCCAAGAAGUUUGAGCCCCUGCUGGACCCUGGUGUGGUAUCAGUUACAAGCAUCUAUAACUAUUACAAGAAAUUCGAUUAUAAAACAUUAGUUAUGGGAGCAUCGUUUAGAAAUAUUGGAGAAAUUAAAGCAUUAGCUGGAUGUGACUUGCUUACCAUCAGUCCAACCCUAUUAAAGGAGCUGGAAAAUGAUGAGAGUGUUGUAAAACCGCAUUUGUCAGUGAACAAUGCGAAACUGCAAAACAUUGAGAAGAUCUCUGUCGAUGAGAGCAAAUUUAGAUGGUUAUUGAACGAAGAUGCCAUGGCGACUGAUAAACUAUCUGAAGGCAUUCGAAAAUUCGCUGUGGAUACAGUGAAACUCGAAAAUGUUAUUAAGAAGCAUUUUGCAUAAUUUUCUUGACUCUUAAUUUGAUAUUUUUGUUGGAAUUUACUAAGUAAUCAAUAUGCAUUUACUUAAAUAAAACUAUUUUUGUAUCAAACCUUUAA